AUGGAGGGGGCUUUGGAUGAGAUCAUUGCGAGGGUUGCAGGCUACGAAGCUGGUGAUAUUGAGCAUAUUUGGCAACUUGUCUGGCGGCUUGGGUUCUACCGUGGCGGGCCGGAUUUGAAAGGCCGAGUCCUUGGGGUGCCUGUCUAUCAACUGCUCGGGGGAAAGGUACGUCAGAAGGUCCUUGUCUACGCCUGGAUUGGAGGUGACUGGCCCAGUGAUGUGGAAUCACCGUCCGCCAUCGACUCUUGCGUUGAGCGCCUUAAACAGGUCAAGGCAUUAGGUGUCGACGCAGGACUAGAUUUUCACGGUCGACUACACAAACCCAUGGCCAAGCAGCUAGCGAAGGCAUUAGAGCCCUACCGCCCAAUUUUCAUUGAGGAACCGCUACUUUGUAAACAUCCCGAAGCGCUGAAGCAGCUCUCCGAUCUAACGGCCAUUCCCAUAGCGUUCGGGGAACGACUGUGCGAAGCGCUGGAUAUUGCGCAUGCGCGGGGUAUCUCAGAAACGGUGCGGAUUGCUUCUAUGGCUGAGACGUACGAUGUGGCGGUUGCGCCGCAUUGUCCGUUGGGCCCUAUUGCACUUGCGGCGUCUAUUCAGGUUGCUUUUCGAUCUGGUGGACUAAAGUCAGUUUUCGAUAUCAAUGAGGGGUAUGUGAAGGCACCGUCUGGUGCUGGGUUAGGCAUUGAGAUUGAUGAGGCGUUGGUGAGGAGAAUCAGCGCCAAGAGGGAGCCGUGGCUUCCGAAGGAGUUCUAUGGGCCUGAUGGUGGUAUUCGAGAGUGGUAGUGUAGUUGUACCUAGUUUGGCUAUCUUGACGUUGUUGUUGUUGUUGUUGUUGUUGUUGUUGUUGUCCCGCGGGAUAUGUGUAUGGUUGUUUAUUCACCACUGCGGUUAAUGCGGGGGCGUGGGGGGAAACAAUCAACUAUAAGUAGUAGGCUCAACCUCUUCGAGAUUCUCGUUGUUAGCAACUACGAUCCCGAAUCGCGCACUAUGGAUCUCUUUUCUCUCACGGGCCGUACCGCACUUGUUACGGGUGGGACUCGAGGCGUUGGACAGCAGAUGGCCAUUGCCAUGGCUGGCUGAAGCUGGCGCAGAUAUCAUUCUUGUUCAGGUGGAUAUAAAUUUGUUGCGGUUACAGAAGCCCAAGAGAUCUAACCCCUAGCGUUUCUCAGCGAGACACUAACAAUCUAGCCACAAAAGGAAAGAUUGAAACCCUAGGUCGCAAGGCAAUCAUAUACACAGCCGACUUAUCUUCUCGAGUGUCCAUCUCGCCACUGGUAUCAACGGUUUUGAGUGAUGGA